AAUAGUACAUGUUCAGGUUUAGGGUUUAUCUGCUGUUAAACCCUUAGCUCACACAUUUUGUGUUCACUGAAAAUGGUUAACGUCGCCGGCGACGUCGCCGACGACGAUUUCGGAGAUCUCUACGCUGACGUAGAAGUCCAAGCAAGCUCGGCAAUCAAUGCUAUUGCCCUACAUAAGGUUGAGUACAGCGCUAUUGGAAACUCUAAUAAUGAAAAUGUAGUACAGGAAGAAGAAGAGGAAUGUGAGAGUGAGAGCGAGAGUGAUUUGAAUAUUGUGUUGAAUGAGGAUGAAGAUGAAAUUGAGGAAAAUGUGGAAAAAGGAGGUAUUAGUGGUGAAGGAAAUAAUAAUUCGAAUGGAAGCGAAAAUGGAAAUGCAGAAAAAAAUAGUUAUAAGAGCACAAGACUUCCACAAGCAUCAUAUUCAAGUCAUCUCAAAGUCAAUGGAUCUUUUUGCGCGCCUUCUUACACUACAACAUUGGUUAAGGGCAACUGGGAGGAUAAUAGCUACACGCAAAGGGUGGGCUCAGGCUUUGCUGCUCAAAAUGGACAGAUCUUUUCACUUCCUCGGUCGAGGAAUAUCUUGGACGUGAAUAUUGAUAUGUUUGAGACGAAACCUUGGCGGUAUCCAGGCGCUGAUUUGACAGAUUAUUUUAAUUUUGGGUUUGAUGAAGAUAGUUGGAAACAGUAUUGCCACUGUCUGGAUGAGCACCGAGAACAAGCAAAAAAGGUGGUCAAGAAUUCAGACUACAAGACUUCGAAAAAUAGUAAGCCAAAAGGUAGAGAAAUAGAGGUGGAAGAGAGCAAGAUUGAGCGCAAACCAUCAACAGACGUGGGACUUCCACAGGAUCGGGAUUCUAGUGUUGUCAUACAGAUUGCUUUGCAGCAGUCAAUGGAAGUUCCCAUAAGUUCUACAAAAGAGCAGCAGGAUGCAUCCGAGAAUGGAGAUGUUGGGGGAGAUAAUAAGGAGUUUCUCUGUUUCAGUAGUGCCAGCGAAGAUGAGUUAGCCAGCUUGGAAGGAACUGGAGAAGGAUCAGGCAACUCUACAUCUGGAAGGAACUCACCUGUUCGUGAGCACGUGUCUAUAGAUUCAGAUAACGGCGGAAAUUCUGAGUUCUCUGACGCAGAUGGGUCAUACCACCAAGAGGGGACCUGCUGUAAUGUCGAUCAAGCCUUGGGGGCAAUUAAAUCUUCUCAUGAUGCAAAUAAAAGUAGUGAGAGAGACGUAUCUGAUCCAGGAAAACCUAUAAAGCUACAAGAACCACUGCUUGGUGGAGGUAGAGAGCAUAGCCCAGGUUCAUCUUGUUGUUCUCUAAGUCACGGUGGCACAUCUGGAGAUGGGACUUCUCUUAACUUGGAGAAAUCUCAUGACCAUCGUACAAAGUUAUUAUCAAAUGCAGAAUCUGAGUUACGGGAGAAGGGCACAAUUGAUCACCAGCCAAUUUCCGGAACGGAUCAUAUUAGAGCAAAGUCUGAUGAUCCUAAAUAUUUCGCACGAAGUAGAAGGUCUGUGCAAAGAGAUCUGCCGCAUGACAGAAGAUCUGCUAGAAUGAGUGAAACAAUUUCCACUCACCUGAAAGAUGAGGAUUCCCGCAAAUCUGAUGCUAGGACACUGUAUGAAAGGCGUAAUUCAGCUGUGAUCCAACACAGGCAGAAGGAUAGACGAUAUGCUUUUGACUCUCAUGAAAGGGAAGAUACUUCACAUUUUAAGAGGGCAGAACCUUUUGACUCUAAUGCAGGACAAUUUUCUGAUCAUCCAUGCAGGUAUUCUUAUACAAAGAAUACUGAGAUGGAAUGUCAGUUAAAAUGCAGAAAUGACAAAAAUUGGUCUGGCAGUAGAAGAGUGAAAACAAAGCUAGAUCCUCUUGAACUAUCAAUAUAUGCAGAUGAUGAAUUGUUGGAAAGAGAUAGACCCCAUUUUAGGAGAAGACUUACUGUUCAGGAUAUGGACAAUGUUUCUUUUCAUGAAUCGCAUCAAUGGAUCGAUAAGUAUAUUCCCUAUUUAGAUGGCGAGAAACCCGGUCAUGGACUGUGGAAGAUAGAUCAGCUGCAGAAUAACAAGAGAGUGAGGACUGAUGAUCUUGUAGCUGAAUGUAAUUACAUCUACGAUGUCAUGGAAGAGACUGAUAACAGAUAUAGACCAUACAACGACAGGGAUACUAAUAUUCUAGAAGAUGACUAUCAUGUAAAUUUGACUUGUUUCAGAAGAGAAAUUAAAAGCCUUAUCAGGGGCAAAAGGAGAGAGAACAGUCCUUGCAAAGGUUCAAAUGAUAUAUGUUGCAUGGAUCUAAAGGAUGAGGAAGGGAGAUUUGACGGGUAUCGACCUCCAUCCUUUUGUUUGUAUAGGGAAUCUUGUACAGCUAGCAGAAGGUGGCAGAGCCUUGGACUGCCACGUGGCAGAGAUGGAAUAUUCAGUAGGAUUAGGAAAUGUGAUGGUGGUCAGUUUGCUAAUCUGACCAACUCCAUUGGUGCCGAUCAGACUAUCAACUAUCCUUGUAAUCAAGAUAAUUUUAAAAGAAGAAGAGGGGGCUGGCAAUCUGAAGGGAUGCAAGGGGUUGAAAAUGAAAAUUGUUCUAGAUAUCAGCAAAAUAUAUUAGAUGCUGAGAGGACAUCAUAUUUGUCCAGAAGAAAUUCAAGUGGCAGAAGGUUUAAUUCAUUUGACAAAAAACAUGGACCCAACUCAGUAGAAAAACUUUUAGAUGACAGGCAUGUGGACCAUGAAAAAUACAAAUUGAUAAGGGGAGGCAAUAAUGCCAGGCAAUCUGGUCAAGGGACUAAAAAUCUUCAUAAAGAUAAUCAUUGGAGGAGAUUCCCAAGGGGAAGAGAUUCUGUUGACAUGGGCUUGGUAGUUGAGAACGGAGAGUCCUCCGGAAGAUUCUCCAAAGCAGGGGGUGUAACAUACUUUGACAGGUAUGGCCACUUGGAUUCAGAUAGUCAUGUGGAGCUGAAGCCUAUUGAUGGAGCUAGCAAACCCUACUUCAGGAGGACACUCAGAACUCGAAAUGUGACAACUGAUCCUAAACGAAGGUUUGAUAUAUUCUCAGAUGCUGAACAGGAAGAGUCUCUGGAUAUUGAAGAAGGUCAGAUAAUUUCUGAAGAAAUGAACGGGAAACUCAUCAAAAGGGAAAUUACAUGUUCUGACAAAUCGGAAGUCGGUGAAAUGAAGAAUUUUGCUAAUGAUAAAAAUGUGGAGGGACAGGACAACCCCAAGAUUUUGGAGAUCAUGGCAAAGAUGGAAAAGCGUAGAGAGCGUUUCAAGCAGCCUAUUGCUCUCAAAAUUGAUUCAAAGAAUGUCUCUAAGCCUUCUGUUGAUCCGUUUGCUGUGUUGACUGAAACUAUGCAACCAAGACCAGCACGAAGGAGGAGAUGGGUUGCAAGCGAGGCCAAUUAAAGCAAAUGUUUAAUGCUUUUGGUGUAAGGUUAUAUUAGAGGGGCUGCGUCUCACAGUGCCACUUCACUUUCAUAACUGGAUCUGUAUAUAAUGGCAUUCCACCUACAGUCGAUUGCAGAUGUGAUUGCGAUGGUAUACCUGGGGUUUAGAAGUCUCCCACGUAAAGAGGGAAAAAGAAAACACCUCUAAUUAAGUAUCGUAUUGUUAUAUUGUGCUAGAAUCCACUUUCCUUCUGAAGUAUAGCUGAUUAUUUUGAUUACAAAGGAUGUAAGUUAAUUAUAGUAGUCUACCAGUGAUGAUGGUAUGGCUUAAUUUCUUUUUUCUUACUUAUAUUCCCAAUCGUUUACAAUCUAUCUCACCUCCGAGGUGGUGAUAUGGACUGCGUA